GGCCGGGCUGGAGGAGCGAUGCUGCUCGCCUCCGCCGUGGUGGUGUGGGAAUGGCUGAACGAACACGGGCGGUGGCGGCCCUACAGCCCGGCCGUCAGCCAUCACAUCGAGGCGGUGGCCCGCGCCGGGCCGAGGGCGGGCGGCAGCGUGGUGCUGGGCCAGGCUGACAGCCGCCUGGCGCCCUACAUCAUCGACCUGCAGUCCAUGCACCAGUUCCGCCAGGACACCGGCACCAUCCGCCCCGUGCGGCGCAGCUACUAUGACCCAUCCUCAGCACCGGGCAAAGGCGUCGUGUGGGAGUGGGAGAACGACAGCGGCUCCUGGACUCCCUACGACAUGGACGUGGGCAUCACCAUCCAGCGUGCGUACGAGAAGCAGCACCCCUGGGUGGACCUCAGCACCAUCGGCUUCUGCUACGUGAUCGACUUCGCCACUAUGGGCCAGAUCAACCGGCAGACCCAGCGCAAGCGCCGCGUCCGCCGCCGCCUUGACAUGGUGUACCCCCUGGUGUCGGGCACCCUGCCCAAGUCACAGUCCUGGCCGGCCAGCCCUGGGGCGGCAGCGGCCCCCCCGGCCCCUGCCUGCGCCUGCCCCCAGUGCCUCCUGGUGAUGAGCGUCAAAGCUGCCGUGUCAGCCGGCGGCCUGGGGGCUGCUACCCUGCAGCCACGCAAAACUCCCCCUGCUCCUUCCGUCACCCCCAAGGCCCCGGCACCCACCUCAGGUGCCAAGGUGCCUGACGGCACGGCCGCAGCGCGCGGAUCGCUGAAGCCUCUGGGCUCACAGAGUGUCCGGCGGCAGGCAGCCAGCGCACCUGCCCUGAGCCCAGCCGGCCCUGCUACAAGCCCCCCCGGCGCGGGCAGCAGCAAGGCGGCCCGGCCCGGCCUCGGCACCCUGAACCGCAGCCACCUGCAGCGCCUGGCCAUCGCCCAGUCUCGCGUGCUUAUUGCCUCGGGGGUCCCUACUGUCCCCGUGAAGAACCUCAAUGGCUCCAGCCCUGUGAACCCAGCUCUGGCAGGCAUCACAGGGAUCCUGAUGAGUGCAGCCGGGCUGCCUGUCUGCCUGACACGGCCCCCCAAGCUGGUGCUGCACCCUCCGCCUGUCAGCAAGAGCGAGAUCCAGUCCAUCCCCGGCAUCUCCCACACCUGCCGCAAGACCACCAAGAAACAGGCCAAGAAGGGUAAAGCUCCAGAAGAGGUGCUGAAGAAAUACCUUCAGAAGGUGCGGCAUCCGCCAGAUGAGGACUGCACCAUCUGCAUGGAGCGGCUCUCGGCGCCGUCCGGCUACAAGGGCCCCCAGCCAGCCAUCAAGCCUGACCUGGUGGGGAAACUGGCCAAGUGUGGCCACAUCUUCCACCUCCACUGCCUGGUGGCCAUGUACAACAACGGCAACAAGGAUGGUAGCCUGCAAUGCCCAACCUGCAAAACCAUUUAUGGGGUGAAGACGGGGACGCAACCCCCGGGGAAGAUGGAGUACCACAUCAUCCCUCACGCAUUGCCCGGCCACUCUGACUGCAAAACCAUCCGUAUCAUCUACAACAUCCCCCCAGGGGUGCAGGGACCAGAGCAUCCAAACCCAGGAAAGAGCUUCACUGCCCGUGGCUUCCCACGGCACUGCUACCUGCCUGACAGUGAGAAGGGCAGGAAGGUACUGAAGUUGUUGCUUGUAGCCUGGGACCGACGCUUGAUUUUUGCCAUUGGGACCUCCAGCACCACGGGUGAGUCAGACACAGUGAUAUGGAAUGAGAUCCACCACAAGACAGAGUUUGGCUCCAACCUCACCGGUCACGGUUACCCUGACGUCAACUACCUGGACAACGUCCUGGCUGAGCUCGCAGCCCAGGGCAUCACAGAAGAGAGUCUGGCACAGGAGAAGGACUGAGAUUGAUGGUAGGGAGGCCAUGGCAAGGGUUCCCACUGCUGUAUCCAAGGAUAGAAGCCACCAGUGAAACCUAGCUGGGUUGUAGGGAGGGCAGCGGGAGCAGCUCCAGGUCAGUGGGGAUGUGGGAGGGUGUCUUAGGGCUGUCCCCUCCCUGCUGGCAGAGCCAGCUGGUGCCGUGAGCCACAAAGAUGACCCUGGUCUGGCCAUCCCCAGAAGCCAGUCGCUGCUGUGCAUUGUCCCACACAAAUGUUGCGUGCUGCUGGCAGGGCUCUGUGGGAACUGGGGAGGGCAAGCCAAGACCCUCCCUUUCCUAAUCAUCCAUGUUCCAGCCUGACUUGAUGCCCCCUGAUACCCACCUGGGCCUGGGACCCCAUCCUGGUGCUGGGCAAUGGGUGGGAGCCGGGCUGUGGGGUCUCUGGCUGUGGCCCUACCUCGUCCCUCACCCGUCUCUUUGUCUGUCUGUCCUGUCUGGUACAUCCUGACUGAUCUUCUCUGUCCACAGAGGUGGGGGCUCUGGUCCAUCUUGACCAGACCCCCUUGUCCUUCCUCCUCCUCUUGGUUAUGUCUGAGCUGUGCCCUGUGGGGUCCCUUUGUCUGGGCUGCCCCUGUACUGGGAAGGGCUUGGAGGGUGGUUGGAAGCCGAGUGUGGGGGGGGAAGCAUGUCUCCUGCUCCUGCUCUCCCCAGUAGUGGGUUCUUUGAACUGUUUGUAUGGGGGCGUCCCCGUGUUGAAUUUUAUAUACCUCGUGUUUUGGGGGUUUGUCGUAUAUAUGUACAUAUAGGUGGUGGUGGCUGGGAGGCGGCCAGGGGAACAUGGUGCUGUGGCCAGGCCUGGUGGUGCUCUGGAUCUGGGGGUGGGGAGAGGGAGACACUGACCUGGAAGGACUCAGUGCCUCACAGUGGAGCUGUCACCCAUGGGUCUCUGUGAAGUAGGGAUAGAUGGGAAGCCAUCACCUUCCUGCUAGAUUCCAUCCAUGUCCCAUGGCUCGGGGAUCCCUGGGGAAGUCUCAAUGAGGUAGAGGGUGGCUGGCAGUGUAUUGGCACAGUGAUUUUGGGCAGGGCUGGGGGGGGGGGUUGAUGUGCUGGGGGGAUAAGUGUGGCUGGGGGAAGGGGAGGGGAGGGGGUUUGCAUGGAAUCUGGUGGCCCCCACCAGACCCAGGGACUUUGCAGGGCCUCUUGGAGCCACAUGGGGUGGGAACAGUGGGCCCUGUGGCUCCAGGGGGAUGCUGGGGGGGGCACCCUCCCCACAGGCUGUUCUAUGCCCUCCUCCUGAUCCCAUCCUAUGAGACACCCUGACUUGGUGAGUAGGGCGGGGGCCCUGCCAAAACUGCCCCCUGUCCCCCCCUCAUUGCUCCUUGUGGGGUUGGGUCCUCAUAGCCCCUUCUGUUUAGUCCCUUUCCGGUUUUCCUUUGGGGUUGGUUCACCCUCCGUCCUGGGGGACGGUGGUGUGGGAGGGAUCCGUCCUGAUGUGCAUCAUUCUGUCGUUGUUGCUGUUUCUCCUCUCCCCUGUCCCGUGGGGUCCAUCGCUGCCAGCUGGCUGCACCCCAGGGCAUCAAUAAAGCGGAUGGUGGAGGAGUGCUCACUGUCCCUAUGUGGCCUGGC